CGAAGGCACAGUUCGGACCGCGCACGCGAGGAACGCGGGUCUCCGUGGUAUGAAACGAUGCGCAGCCCCAUGAACAAAGAGAACCGACACACCACGAGGACCGUCGUCGCGAAGCGCGGCAGCGUGGUCCUGGCCCCGGUCCCCACCGCGCGCGAGCCGCAGCGGCCCCGGAGCCAGCAGACGGACGCCGUCCUGCAGCUCGUGACCGCCGUCAAGGACCACCUGCGCUUCCGGCAGCUCGCGACGUACGCCGUCGACACCUUCUCCAAGAGUCUGGCGCCGCCGAACGCGGAUUGGAGGGCCUACGUCGAGGCCGCUUUGGACGUGGACGCGGCCAAUGUCGUCGUGUCAGCAUUGGACGCCCACGCCGGAGACAAGGACGUGCUCGGCGCCUGCGCGACGUGUCUAGGACGACUGGCCGUCGACGCGCGGCACGCGUCGCAAAUCGCGGACGCCGGCGGCGUGCGCAGCGCGCUGCGGGCGUCCGCCCAGUGCCAGGCCUGCGCUGUGUCUGUAUUAUGCUUCGCGGACGCCAUGUGCGCCCACCCAAAGUCGUUCGCGGCCGUGGCGGCGGCGGCCGCCGACGUCGCCGGCGCCAUUACCGAGGAGGCCCUGGCGCCCGGCGCCCGCGUCCUCGUGCGGCUCUGCGGGGCUGAAGGUUUGGACGAGGUCCUCAAAGCAAAAAGGGACGUCUCGGCGGCGCUCUUAAAAACGCUGGAGGCCUCGGCCGACCCCGCCUCGCGAGCCGUCGGCGACGCCGCGAAGGUCCUGACGGCAAUAAUCGACGCGGACGGGAAGGAGGCGUCUUAUUUAGCAAGGAAGGGCGCCGUGGACAUCUUUCUCGACAAAAUCGCGUUUCUGGAAGGCGACGCGGCGGCCGCGCGGGACGUGGCGCGGCUGCUCGCGCGCCUCGUCGAGGGUGGCGUGGCGGAGCUCGUGAAGCGCUUGAAGAGUACGGGAGACGCGCGCGCGGCCAAAUUGCUAGCAGCGCUCGCCGCGGACGGCGACCUCGCGGCCGAGAUCGCUUUGUGUGGAGGCGUCCGCGCGCUCGUCGCGGCGCUCGAGGGCGAUUUGUCAGCGGCGGCGCUGCAGGCGGCCGUCGACGCGCUCCACCGCCUCGCGGCCUACGAUUUGCCCGCGGGCGCCGUCGAGGCGUUGCUCAAGUGCUUGGCGCGCGGCCCGGGCGACGAGGCGUGCUUCAAGAUCCUGCGCGCGCUGAACGCCAUCAUGCGGCAGCGGAGCGUAGAUGCUGUAAGCCGCAUCCCGAAGGCCACGGAGAUCGUCUGCCGCGUCGUCGCCGACCGCGCGAAGCACGGCGGCGUGGCGUCGGAGGGCUGCUUCUACGUUUCCAUGGUGUGCGACGACGACGCCGAGGCCCUCGGCACCUGCGAGGGGGGCGUGCGCGCCGUGCGCCGGGCGCUCAAAGCCCACCCGAUGGAUCAAUUGGUGCAGCGCCGCGGCCUCGACGCGCUCGCCGGGCUGGCAAGAUUAAAACCGGCGCUCGUCGCGAAGAAGGGCGGCGCCCUGCUCGCGGUGGACGCGAUCGUCAAUUUUAGUGGCGACGCGCGCAUCGUCGCCCAGGCGCUCACCGUGCUCGCGCUCGUCGCCGCCGAGGACGCGUAUUCCGUCCGGGACGCGUGCCCGGGGGCCGACUGGCUCGCGACGUUGGCUCCGGCCGCCGCGGACCACGCCGACGUCCGGGCCGUGCGCCGGGCCUUCGCCGGCGUCGCGUCGAGAGUCGCGACGGACGCCGACGUCCGCGGCGUCCUCAAGGACCUCCAGGACAUCGCCGCCGUGGUCACGACGGGCCGCGACAAAGCGGGGCUGGACCGCUUAGCAAGGACGGCGGCCGCUGCUGCGGCCCUCGGCUUCUGCAAGGAGGCGCGGCGAACCCUAAAGGAGGCCGCCCCGUCAACCGUCCACGUCCUCACGGCGGUCGCGGGCGACGCGCGCGUCGACGCGAGUACGGUACGCCACCUCGUGACGGCCCUCGCCGCCAUGGAAGACGACGGCUUCGCGCAGGAUGUGUUGUACGACGACGCGCUGCGGGCCGCCGUCGGCGUCGCGUCGUCGCGCUGCGCGUCGCCCAAAACGGCGGCGACGGCCUUAGAUUUCGUGACGCGGCUGGCCCUGCGGAGCGCCGACGACGCGCUCGCGGCGGGCGCCGCGGAGGCCGCCGCGGCGGUCGUCGCGUGCCAGGCGCCGCGCGGCGACGACGCGUUCGCGCGGGCGGCCGCCGCGUUCCCGUGCCUGGCGGCGCUCUGCGCCACGUCAGAAUUGACGGCGAGCGUCGCGGCGCGCAACGGCGCCAAGCCCUGCGUGGCGGCGCUGACGCGCGUGACGGACUGCCCGGCGCAUCGACGGGCCGUCCGCGGCUGCACGGAAGCGCUGCGCGUCCUCGGGCGUUUGGGGAGGACCGACUUGCGGGGUCGCGCGUCGGCCCUGGACGCCGUUUUUGCCGCGAUGGACGUUGUGGAAGACGCCGCGUUCCAGGCGCAAGCGGUUCGGACGGCAUCAAAGCUCGCGACGGAUGCGCUCGCGCGCAAGGCCAUGCAGAAACUAGCAAGCGUCGACGCCAUUAAAAAGCUGGGCCGCGUCCUGGAGUGUCGAACGGACGCGCCCUGGGCCGCCGAGGCCGUUGAUAUUCUCACGAAGACGCUGCGGCGCGCGUUGCACGAGGAGGACCAUGCGAAGGCCCGCGCGUGCGUCGUGGCGCUGCACCGGUCCCGGAAGCACGCCACGGAGGACUACGCCGGUAUGUUCCUCGACGAGUUGAGGCGCCACCCGACGCGCGAUGUGAUCAGGGACACCGCGACGCUAGUAUCGAACGAGGCCUUCCGGGCCGCCUUGAUCUCAAGUGAUGGCGUCAACGUCCUCCUGCCGCUGGCGCGGGACGCGGCGCUCGCGGACGCCGCCGAGCGGUGCCUCGCGGUCGUGGCGGCGCACCCGCGCGGCGCCGCCGAUCUCCUCAAAGGCGGCGCCGCGCGGCACGCGUGCGCGCGCCUCGCCGAGGAUCCCACGAGCGGCGGCUCUUCCUUAUUAUUAGGCGCGCUCGCGCCGCACGCGUCGGCGGAGCAGCUCCGCAAGGCCGGCGCCGCGCGGGCCGUCCGCGCGGGGCUGCUGGACGACGACGACGAGGCCCGCGAGCGGGCCUGCGGUCUGGUGAAGGAGAUGACGCACCUGAGGAGCGACCUCCUGGCGUCGGCGCCGCGCCUCGUCAAGCUGCUCGGAAACGACGAGGAGAGCCCGCGGGCCGCGGCGCGCGCCGUCGACGCCCUUUGUGCGGGAGACGACGCCGUGCAGCUAUUCGUGGACCUCGACACGGCGCAUAACAUGCUGGGCGCGAUGCGCCGCUGGCCGGACGACGACGAGUUGGCGCGGACGUGCGCCGGCGUCCUCGCGCGCCUCUCGGGCGGCGACGGCUCGGGGUUAAGUGAGGUGCUCGCGUCGGCGGCGACGCAGUGCGACCGCCUGCCGGAGGCGCUGGACGACCUCGUCGCGGAUUUAACGCUCGCGGGCCACCUCGUGCUCCUGCCGGGCGCGGUCGACGACGCGGGCCCGGUCCUGGACGUCGUCGCGCUGGUCCUCGUGCGCACGACGAAUGGCAACGCCCUGGACGCGGCGAUGACGCUCCUGGCGCGCCUGCUGCAGGUUCGCGACCUUCCCGUCGACGCGGCCGCCGCGGCCCGGUCCAUCAAAGGGGCCUUUCCCCGGGCCAUCGCGCGCGCGGCGGCGGCAGCCGUGGCGCUCGGGCGCCGCGGCGCGGGCGGCAUUCGAGAAUUGCAUCGACAAGGCGUGACGGAGGGCCUGAAGCGCGACGCGCGCGUCGGCGCCGCGACGCUGUCUUACCUGCUGGACGCGGCCGCGGCGGACGCCAGCGCGCUCGCCGACGAGACCGGCGCCGAGGCCUUCGCCGAGCUCCUGGACGCCGUGCCCGGGCGCGCGGGCGCUUUAGCGAAGGCCGCCGACACGUGCGCCCAGGCGCUCCUCGAGGCGCUUCCCCUCUUGCAGGACGACGCCGCGGCGGGGCAGGUCGUGGACGCGCUGGUCACGCACGCCGUGGCGGCGCCGCAGGCCCAGGCCGUGCCCUGCCGCGUCGAGCACGUGGCCGCCCUCUGCCGCGCGCGCGAGAAGCUCGGCAAGGACGACGCCCUGUCCCUUCACCAGGCGACGCUGGCGACGGCGGACGGCGGCAAGUUGUGUUUUGGGGGCUACGUCCCUGCGUUCAACGACUUUGUGAAGGGCGACCUGCGCGGCGCCUCGUCAAUGCGAGCGCGAAACGCGUGCGAGAUGGUCGCGCGGGGCGCGGGCCUUGGCGACGCCGACGUCAAUCAAGCGUUAAUAGAAGGGAGGUUCCCCCACGCGCUGCUGGACGCGCUCAAAAUGCCGGAACGUUUGAAUGACGAGGCCUUCGCCCAGAACGCUUUAUAUGCGCUGCGGUGCCUGCUCGAAGGUGGUCAAACGGUCGACGUCGCCUUCGACGCGGCGCGGGUCGUGAGAGCGGUCGCCGCCGCGCACCCUCAGAAUACCUACAUCGGCGAGACGGCGCGCGCGGUCUCCACGCUGAUCGAGGAGGCGCAGGCGGGCGGGCCCGGCGCGCGCGUCGCGGCGCGGCUCGCUGCCCUAAAAGCGAUCCACGCGGCGGCCGCGGACUGGACCUGCGCCUUGUCCGACGAGGGCGGCGACCCCUACUACUACAACGGUGCUACGAAGCAAUCCGCGUGGGCCCAGCCGGCCGAGCACGCCGCUUUGGUCGCGGAGUUGGAUGAUCUGGGCGAUCUCAUGGAAUUGUGCGCCGGCCAGGUCGACCCGGCGAACUGCGGGGCGCUGGCGGCGUGCCUGUCGACGCACGCGCGCGACGCCGUCGUGUCGUCGCGCCUCGCGAAGGUACUCGAAGCGGUCGGGCGCGACGACGCGGUCGCCGAUUUAUUAUGCGACGUCUGCGGGCUCGAGCAUCUGAUCCUCGGGUUGGAAAAGGCCUCGGCGCCGGACCACGUGUUGCACGUCGUGGCGCUGCUGGACCGCGUCGCUUCCCUGGAAAAGAUGCGCGCGCGGUUGGGGACGAAGCAAUAUAUCACGAUCCUGAAUCAGGUCUGCCUGGACCACAUGGGCCGCGGGCCGAUCGUCGAACACGUCAUUUCCAUCUUCGGCAAGCUGUGCACGGAGGAGGGGGCGGUGGCCAUCCAGAUGGAGGCGAACGUGCCCUACACGCUCAAGUGGGCGCUGCAGACCCACUCCGCCGCGAAACGCCUUUGUGAGAAGUGUGUUUUGAACGCGUCGCGCCUCGUCGCGGGCAACGACGACGCGCGCACGGGCUACGUCUGCGAGCAAGUCACGCCGGAGCUUGUGGCAAGCUUGGAAACGCACAAUGGAGACGCGGACUUCGUCGUGGCCGUCCUCAAGUGCUUUGGGGCCUUUUCGCUGCACGACCCGUCGAUUCUCGCGAUGGUCUCGCACGGCGUGACGGAGAAAGUAGUCAGCGCGACGGAGCGCCACGGCGACCACGCGCAACUACUGCGGACGGCCGUGGAGCUCUUCGGUAAUUUGGGUGCAGCCGAGGACGACGAUCUGGACGCGCGUUGUACGGCCCUUUUGUUGGAGGGGGGCGCUGUCGACGCCAUCGGCUCGAUUCUAGAUUCGUGCCGGGCCCGGAUCGACGGCGACGCGCUGGCCCUGAUUGGUGCUUGCUUCGACGCGCUUUAUAAUUUGGCCAACGACACGAACGCGGCGGCUGCGGUCGUCGAAGGGGGUUUGUGUGAGGCGUGCGUCCACUGUGCGCGCGUGUACGACGCCUGCGACGCGCUGGUGGUCCAGGGCGUCAAGUUGAUUGGGGUACUCACGUAUGACAGUAAUGCGGUGCAGCGCCUCUCCCGGUGUGGGGCGGCGGCGGUGCUCGCGGACGCGCUGCGGUCGCGGGCGGACGACCACGACUUCGUGUACGACGCAAUAUUGGGCCUGGCGAACCUCGUGACGCUCGACGAGAACGCGGCCGCGUUCCGGCACGACACCAAGCGGCUCGACGCGCUGGGUGAUGUUCUGGAGGCCCACGGCGACGACGAGGACAUCGCGACGUUUGCCCUCAAGGCACUCGUGCGUCUCGCGGCGGACGACGGGAUCUCGAAGGCGAUCGCUGAAUUGGUGGGCAAGGUGGCGCGCGCCGCUCCCGACCUCGCAGAAAAGCCGCAGACACUGGCCUUUGAGCUGAUCGCGCACCUGGCUUACGUCCCGGAGAACCGCGUGGCCUUGGUGGCCCAGGGCGGCGUGCGUGCGCUGCUCCUGGCGCUGGAGGGGCCGUCGACGGCGUCCGUCCUGGAACGCGCGCUCAAGACGCUCGAUGUGCUCGUGGCUGCCGACGUCGAGUACGCCUCGGUCGUGCUGGAGCUGAACGGACGAGCCGCCGUCGAGCGCCACGUCCACGAGACGACGCGGUCGGUCGCGGACAUGGCGCGGCGGGCGUUGGAGACCAUCGACGCCGUCGUUGGCCACCAACCACGGGGCCAGCGCGCGGCGCUCCGAGGAUUGGGCAUGGCGUCGGGAAAUAACUCUAGGCGAGCCUCGGACGUCGAGCCCGCCGGCGACCCGCUCGGGCGGUACCGCGCCAUGCUCGUGGCGGGAAGCCCGUUCAAGGAAUGGGCCGCGGGCAAAAGUAGCGCAAGAAAGAUAGCGCUCGCCGGCGACUUCACCUCGCUCGUCACGCUGAGCGGGGGGAAAGUCAAGACGCGCUUGGCGCUCAAUUCCCUGCUUCGCUGCGACCUCGGCCGGGGCGCGGCGCACGCGAAAAAGAAAAUGCUCUCGUCCACGAAAGUUCCCGGCGGCAAGGCGGACGCCUGCUUCGUGAUCAAGGGCCUCGCGGAGAACGACGUCUUAUGCGGCGAGUGCAAUAGCCGCGCGGACGCCGUCGCCCUGAAGGACGCGCUCAACGCCCUACUUCGGUGCGCCGCGCGGUGGCCGCACCGGUUGGCGAGCGGGUAA